UCACGCUCAGCUGUUUUUGCCGGUUUUGUAACUUUUCGUUUUGCUUUUUCCAAUUUUCGGUACCACAGGAUGUCGCGGCUACUGCAAACGGCCACGAAACUGACACGCAUAGCGUGCCAAGCCUUGCCAGGCGGAACAAGGGCGCAAACAUGUCUUUACUCCACAAACGUUUCAACUGGCGAUGAGGUAACUGUUGAGCGCUUGGAGGGGUCGAAAAAAGGCAUUACUGUUCUGGGUUUGAAUCGCCCGGCAGCCAAAAACUCAUUCUCUCGAGGACUGGUUGAAACUUUUAGCGAAAUAUUACAGGAAUUGAAGAAGGACAAUUACUCACGUGUUGUUGUACUACGCAGCACUUCCCCAGACAUAUUUUGUGCUGGAGCGGAUUUGAAGGAACGCAAAGGCAUGUCUCAGGAUGAAGCACGGGAAUUUGUAACUAAGUUGCGCAAUCUGCUCAUCAGCAUCGAACAACUGCCAAUGCCUGUCAUUGCUGCCCUCGAUGGUGCAGCACUUGGGGGUGGACUGGAAAUGGCGCUAGCCUGUGAUAUACGCACAGCGGCAAACAAUGCUAAACUGGGACUUGUGGAAACACGCCUGGCCAUCAUUCCGGGCGCCGGAGGUACCCAACGCUUACCGCGCAUUCUGUCCCCAGCUUUGGCCAAGGAACUGAUAUUUACGGCUCGCGUCUUAGAUGGUGCAGAGGCCAAACAGUUGGGCCUAGUCAACCAUGUAGUGCCGCAGAAUGAAACAAAAGAUGCAGCAUAUAAUCAAGCCAUUAAAUUAGCCGAAGAAAUAUUGCCAAAUGGACCAGUAGGUGUUCGCAUGGCUAAGCUAGCCAUUGACAAGGGAAUGCAAGUCGACUUGAAAACUGGGUACUCAAUUGAGGAAGUGUGCUAUGCACAGGUCAUACCGACUAAAGAUCGCCUUGAAGGUCUGGCAGCAUUCGCGGAAAAACGCAAGCCCAUUUAUAAGGGCGAAUAAUCUUUGGCGCCGAAACCAACUGCUGCAUUAUUUUUAAGCUGUAUAGUGCAUUUAUAAGUUGCCUUGUUAUAGUUAAACAUCUGGCCCCAUGUUUUUGGGUUACACAAAAGUUAAUUUCGAUUGUUUAAAUAUAAAAAUUAUGAUAAGAUCAAGUUGCGUGCAA